GAAAUAGGUUUGGAUGAGAACGAAGGAAAUACUCGACUGGGAAAGGAAAGUAAUCGAUAUUGUUUAGACCGAUCUACAGAUGUAAUUCUAAGCAGGGAUUAUUCAAAUUACCAAACGAACAAUACAUUUCAUGCUUCAACAAUAUCUAAAAAUAUUCAUGGAUACAUGAAUCCUGAGAUGAUGCCUAACAGUUUAAUGAGUAAUAUUAACAAUAGACUGUUUAAUUUAACACAUUCUGGAGGUUAUUCUACAUGCUCUUCAUCUGGUGCCUGUUCUGUUUGCUCUCCAUCUGCCUAUACAACAACUAUGACAACAAUUACAUCAUCAAUAGCCGGAACAAUGUCAUCGAUAGCAGCACAACCGCCACCACCACACGCACCACAACCACAGUCGACAUCAAUGACGUGUUCAAGAGUUGUUGGACAAGAGAACAAGAAUAAAAAACUCCGCAAACCACGAACAAUCUAUUCCAGUAUGCAAUUACAACAGCUCGCUAAACGAUUUCAUUUAACUCAAUACUUAAGUUUGCCAGAAAGAGCUGAAUUGGCGGCUUCACUGGGACUUACACAAACACAAGUGAAAAUAUGGUUUCAAAAUAGGCGGUCAAAAUUUAAAAAAUUAAUCAAUCAAGGUCAUGAUGUUUCACUUUUAACAACAAAUUCAAUGACAUGUAAAUCAGAAACAAGUGAUUUAAACAACCAAUCAGAGAAUUUCUAUGAAGACUGUCAUCAUGAUAUGCUGAUGAAAAAUUUACCGUGUGAAACAGAUUUCAUGCAUUCAGAUGACCUCCCCAUAGAUUCAUCAUCAGGUUUUGAAAAUAGUAAUUCCAACAGUCCAAUUAUUAAAUCAGUAGUUAGUAUUAGUAGUAGUAAUUCACCGGAAAAUACUAUCCAUCAUAAACAUUGUUUCAUGAAAUCUGAUUUACAAGCCUCAUGUGAAUUGAGACAAGAUACCGAAGUGACUAUGACUUCAAAUCAUCAUCACCCGACAUGGCGUACAAAUAUUAAAGAUUAUUAUGCAAUGCCUACAGACAGUCACCAUUUGGGUCAGAAUCCAGCAAAAUUGAACGCAUUCAGCAGAAAUGAUGAGCAAAUAAGUCAAAAUUUUCAUUCAAUCGAUUGUAAUGAAACACUGGGGGUAGAUAAUUUAUCAAAAUCUGAUCAUUAUUGGACAAAAUCUUUGUUUGAAUCAUCUAAUUAUUGUUUACCAAUGGCGGAUAGAUUGAAUUCAUGCGCACAUUUCAAUCCAAAAGUAUACUCUACACCAAAAUGUGAUAAUCAUAGUAAUACUAAUGAGGAAUAUAAUAAUACUAAUGGUGAUCCGAAUGACGAUAGUGGUGCUGACCAAAACGACUGUGAAUGUGAUACCAACGGCAGCAAAAAUGUGAAUGUUCACAGUUUGUGCCAUUUUAAUAAAUGCCUCAACGAUAAUCACUGUUAUUUACAUCAAAACAUCAAUGCUAGUGAGAUAAAGAAUUCUGGACUGGUCUACACCAAACCUAUAUCAUCACCAUGUUUGACAACAUCCAUAGCCUAUCCAUAUCAAGGAUGGAGAAAAUAUCGACUGGGUAGUGAUUCUGUCCAAUCAGUUUAUCCUGAAAAUUUGAGUAACUCUCUUAAAUUACCACAGGAGUUAUUCCCCUCAACUGUCUAUCCUUCUUAUUCCUCGGACAAUUUGUCUCAAUCCAUUACGUUGCCACAACAAACAGUAUUAUGGUCUACUGAAAUACAUGAAAAAUCCCCAACAGAUCUUAUUAAUAAUGCUACAACUAAUAUGAACCCAUUUGAUGGAAUCUAUGAGUGUUCAGCUGAAAAUGAACCACAAUUCCCUGAUCCAUGUGAUGAACAAGCAAUUAAUCAAGUGUUAAUCCCUACAACAACAACAGCACUGGCAACAUCAGCAUUUGGCUCAUCUACAAUGUGA